AUGGAAGCUUCACCUAGAGCUAAGCUGUUUGCCUUUAAAUGUGUUCAGAAUAUGCUUGCGAUUAAUGAUAAGCUUUUUCGAUACACCAACAUACCUAACAGAUGUGCUUUUUGUUCUCAACAUGGAGAGACAAUGGAGCAUAUCUUCUUCACAUGUCUGUUCGCCAGAAGCGUUUGGUUCGCGUCAGCCAGCAGUCCUUUCCCACCAAACACUUACCUGUCUUCUGUGGUUGAUUGGAUUCUACAAUUGCAUAUUAACCCUGCAGGUUGGAAUAACUAUCAGGGUCAAUGGAUGGCUAAAUGUAUCAUUACCAUCUGGUAUAUUUGGCUGGCUUGUUGUGAUAAGGUUUUCAGGGGCAUUGACACUAAUCCUGGGGACAUCAAUACAAGAACGGAAAUAGAGUGGACUGCUGAAGCAACUCUAGCAAGACAUCCAAGCACAAACAGACCUUCAUGUAGACAUUUCAUAGACCAGAAUUGGGCGUGCCCACCCUUGGGAACCCAAAAAAUCAACUUUGCAGGAAUCUAUGACGCUCAUAACCAAAAUGGACAAAUAGCUUUGAUUCUCAGAAGUUCUAAUGGCUGGUGCAGGGAAGUGAAGCAGCUGCGAUGCAGAGUGCAAAGUCAGCAUGAGGCGGAGAUGCAGGCAGCCUUGGAAGCAGCAAUAUGGGCAAAUCAGCUGAAUUCCAACGCUAUCCAAAUCGAAGGAAACUGCGUUGAAAUCAUCAAAGCAAUCAAAGGAGAGGCCUGCCACAUCAACUGGAGAGCAAGAUCCAGACUUGCAAGCAUUCACGAGAAAAUUAGGAAAAACGGAGAUGACACAACUUUUGCUUUUUUGACUUGUUGUAAAAAGGCCAAUCAGGCUGCGGUUGCAUUGGCCAAUAGGACCAAUUCAAAUGUAAUAUGUAACAUUGCCUUCCCUCCUCCAAGUUUUUUAUUUGAUGUUUUAAGUUUGGAUAGCCGAAGGAACCGAGAUCAGAAUCAAGGUUCCGAGGUUAACGAACCUUAUUUUCCAGGUUUUUAG